UCCUCCGCAAUAAGCGAGUCAGGUAUGCGCCAUCACAACGCGGUACGUGAUAUGCGCAGUGGAACGCGGAAGGGGGGUUGCUUCUUGCUCCGUAAUUCGUAGAUAUGUACCGGGGAGGUGGGCCGGUUCUCCGGUUCUCCCCGUGUUUUCCUUGCCGAGAUUCGGGAGUUGUCCGGCGGCUGGUGCUCUCGUACACGCCGCUGACUUCAAUGUGGACGCGGGCAAGCUAGUCGAGGACCCUGCUUGUGCUUGUGGAUUUUUUUUUUCUUCUUCUUCCCUUUCUUUUCAGUGGCAUUGAAAAAGACACAGAAGGAGCCUCCACAGCCGAAGACGUGUUGCUCUUUCAACGGUUUGAUUACCAUGACACGCAGCAACCACUUCUCCAUCUGAUUAGCCCAUUCAUUCUUUAGCGGUUCGGCUGUCUUAACAAAAAAAAUAACAAUACAAAUCUAACGGCGACGCGUUCACGGACUCGUCCCCUGCAUCUUUCUUGAGUCGGGAGAACGAGGCUGACGAAGCGGUUCUCCAGUCCAGGUGGUGGGGGGGAUAUGGGCGAGGAAAGGGAACCGAUGCAGUGGUUCGAGUCACGGCAGCGUCAAAACACAGGGCAGUGAUGCCUGGCAUGGUGAUGUUUCGGCGGCGCUGGUCAGUCGGCAGUGAUGACCUGGUGCUGCCCGCCCUCUUCCUUUUCCUUUUACACUGCAUCUGGUUGGUGGUUCUGUCCGUGGUUCUGUUCGGCCUCCCCUACGGUUCGGACCAGUCCUGUUCCAUAACGCUGGUGGACCACGGACGCGGGUACCUGGGCAUCUUGGUCAGCUGCCUGAUCUGUGAGAGCGCCAUCAUGUGGUUGAGCAUGAGAGGCAGCAUUCUGUACACGCAGCCCAGGGAAGCUGUGCAGUAUGUCAUCUAUAUCCGCCUGGCCAUUCUGUUGGUUGAGCUGGUCUACGCCGUGGUGGGAAUCGCCUGGCUCGUUCAGUAUUACCAGCCAUGCUCUGAUGUCACUGCCAAGAACCUGGCUUUGGGCAUCGUCGCAUGCAACUGGCUGGUGAUAUUCAGCGUCUGCAUUACGCUCACGUGCACUUUUGACCCGACGGGUCGGACGUUUGUCAAACUGAAAGCGACUCGCCGCCGCCAACGAAACCUCACCACGUACACGCUCAGACACCGGCUGGAGGAGGGCCAAGCCAGCAGCUGGAGCAGAAGACUGAAGUUCUUCAUGUGCUGCACCAGAGCCCAGGAUACGCAAUCGGAUGCGUAUUCCGAGGUGGCCAGCCUGUUUGCGGAGUUCUUCAGAGACCUGGACAUCGUGCCCAGUGAUAUCAUCGCCGGACUGGUGCUCCUGCGUCAGACUCAGAGAUCCAAAAGAUCGUCUAUCCUGGACCAGGCCAACAACGAUAUCUUAGCCUUCCUGUCCGGGAUGCCCGUCACACGAAACACGAGAUAUCUGGACCUGAAGAACUCGACCGAGAUGAGCAUGUACAAGGACGUGUGCGACUACAUGCUGUUCGCUCUGGCCGCGUACGGUUGGCCCAUGUAUCUGAUGAGGAAGCCGGCGUGCGGACUGUGCCGCCUCGUUAGCACCUGCCCCUGCACGUCGGUGUCGGGCUCACGUUUGUCGCAGUCGGUGACGGUGGAGGAGGACAAUUGUUGCGGCUGUAAUGUUUUGGCCAUACGCAGACACUUCCUGGACCAGGAGCGCAAGCAGGUUCACAUCGUCUACACUUCCUGUCACGAUGCUGUUUAUGAGACUCCAUUUUUCGUGGCGGUGGAUCACGAGAAGAAAAAGGUGGUCAUCAGCAUCAGAGGAACCUUGUCCUUAAAGGAUGCCCUGACGGAUCUGACGGGGGAUUCUGAGCGUUUGCCGGUGGAGGGCCAGCAAGGGACCUGGCUUGGUCACAAGGGGAUGGUUUACUCAGCAGAGUACAUCAAGAAGAAACUGGAGCAGGAGAUGAUAUUAUCACAAGCCUUUGGAAGAGACUUGAACAAGGGCACCAUGCAUUACGGCCUGGUGAUAGUUGGCCACUCUCUUGGUGCCGGCACUGCUGCUAUCCUGUCCUUCAUGCUGAGACCUCAGUACCCAACACUUCACUGCUACUCUUACUCCCCGCCUGGUGGCCUUCUUAGUGAGGAUGCCAUGGAGUACUCCAAAGAGUUUGUCACUUCAGUAGUAUUAGGAAAAGAUCUGGUGCCAAGACUGGGAUUGUCUCAACUGGAGGGAUUCCGUCGCCAUCUUCUAGAAGUCCUGCAGAAAAGCAACAAGCCAAAGUGGAGGAUCAUCGCGGGAGGCACCAAAUGUAUUCCCAAAUCGGAGCUUCCCCUUGAGGAGGAUGAUGCUCAGACUCAGCAAGCGGCUCCGCCCAGCAGCCGCCUUUGGCUCCACCCCAGCGACCUCAGCAUCGCACUCUCAGCCUCGACCCCUCUCUACCCUCCAGGCCGAAUCAUCCACGUGGUCCACAACCAUCCUCCAGAGACCUGCUGUGGUCAGGAAGAACCGACGUACUCGGCUCUGUGGGGGGACAACAAGGCUUUCAAUGAGGUCAUCAUAUCCCCCGCCAUGCUUAAUGAGCACAUGCCUCUCAUGGUGAUGGAGGGCCUAAAUAAGGUGCUCGAGAACUACAACAAAGGAAAGACGGCGUUGCUGUCAGCAGCCAAGAUCAUGGUGAGCCCGACGGAGGUGGACUUGAACCCUGAGAGCGUGUUCAUGGCCGCCUCCAACACGGUCCAGCAGCCGAUGCCUGCGGCCCACCAUCGCAGGAACAGCAGUGUUCGCCAAAAAACAUUAUCACGUUCCUGCGCCCAGUCAGAAAUCUCCCUGGAUGGUUUCUCCGAGUGUCCUCCUCCUCCGGUCCCCGUAGUGUUACGUGGAGCACGAGAACGCCUAACCGUAGAACUUAGAGACCGCAAAGCUCCACUGGCCGUCAUGGAAAGCUUAUCAGACGCCGAAUCCGUCUACAGUCUGGAUUCCCGUCGCUCUUCUGCCGCUCUUAAAGGUUCCCCGAUGCUCAGUAGCCUCCCGUUUCCUUUGGAUGCCACCAUUCCGGAAGAGAACCCGUCUCUCAGUUCUCGUACCGAACUUCUCGCCGCCGACUGUCUCUGCCAGGCCACGCCGGAACACCUGGGAGAAAUCAGCCCGUUCUUCACGCCGUUAGAACCUGCUUCCAAACCGGAAUACACCAUGCAGUUGUCCCCUGCCACGCCUCGGUAUUCCGCUCAGAACACCUAUCCCAAAAUCGCUCUCGAUGUGGAACAGAUGCCUGGAAUCUACAGUCCGGGUAGCACUCCCGACGCUCCGCUGAGUCCGUCAAAAGACACGGAUCAGUGGGAAUUCUGCACAGAAACCGGAAAAGUUACUUCUUCUCCUCCGCAAUUAUCCAACGGGAACCCCAGCCGAACGGUGCUGGAAUUCGCCCAGUACUUGGAUUCUCUAUUCCGGUUAGACGGAAGCAGCUCGCCGCCGUUGGAUCUCUCCGACGGGGAAUCCGAGUCGGGACGGGGUUCCCUCGGCGGCCACGUCGAGUCUUUACCCGACGGACCGGAUGAUAAACUUCUUGCCAGGGCCACGUUGGAACCCAAUCUGGUCCCGAAGCCUCCACGCACUUUUGCCGGAUCGGCGGAUCCUUCCUCCGGUAUCUCCUUGUCACCUUCGUUUCCUCUUUCGUCGUCCGAAGAACUCAAUGACCUUUCACCCGGAGAGGGGGUCCCACCCGCCAUGCACUCGCUACGAACAUCCACCCCCAUCCACUGUCCCGAGGAGAACACUCUGUCCUCCAUGGUGUAGUAAGCGACUCCGCAAUGAAGACCUGCAGCCCCCCCCCAUCAUCCACCCCCCCCCCCCCCCCAUUUCCGGAUUUAAAAACAUAUCACAAUACAUGCAUGCAAUGGAAUGUAGUCACUCAUCAGAGACUCAAAAAAAAAAAUUCCCAUUCUUCAGGUGCCCCCCCCCUGCCCCCCCCCCCCAACUUGAAUUAUGUUUAUAGCAUUUUCACACUAUUGCAAUGACUGCAAAAAAAAAAAAAUACCUCUCUGCAUGCCAGGAGGGGCGGGGGGGCUGUGCUGCUUUUUUUUGGGUGGAAAAACCAACAACUGUAGCGACACAAAAACAAACGAGUCGUGAGUCGUGAGUCGUGAGUAGUUACCUUAUUCCUAGCAGGGAUUCAAACACUGUAGAAGGAAACACUUUUCAUAGGUACAUCUCGAUAAUUCGAUGUACUCGAAUACUUCCGCCACCCUCAGCAGCUUCGGAAUAUUAUAAAAAAAAAAAUUUUUUUUCUUUUCGUUAAUUUUUUUUUUUAUAUACUCUUCAAUCAGGAAUGUGAAGAUGGACAUAUGUCAGUCAUUGUGACGUGACACAAUGUUCCUCAGGUCUUAUUUAGAGUUAGGUGUUGAGAAAAGAGAUUGUGUGUGUGGUUCAAGUCACGUGUCUUAAACAUUUAGUGAUUGUGAUAAAAAAAAAAGUUAUUAGACGCUUAUGGAUGUUUUUUUUAAACUUUUUUGGUUCCUCUUUAUAAUGCAUGAUAUUUAUUUUGUAUUUUUUUUUUUUCGAGACACUCUAUGGGGGGGCUGUGUCUCAAAUCGUACGCUUCCUGAUGUAGACUAUGCAGUCUUGGUAGCAAUUUGGUCGUCAUAAAAGUUGAACACCCCCCCCCCCCCUCCAAUCGAGCUACCUUCGCUAACGGGUCAGCAUAACACAAACAAUAACACUCUCCGUCCAUUUUUAACUGACGUUAUUCACUCACGACGAGGGAAGCUAACAAGGACGCCAAAACUCCCAUCGUAUUCGAACAAUGAUCAUUUGACAGAGCCUGUUUUUCCCGCCUCCUCAAAUGGAAUCAAUAGAUUGGCUCUUGCACCGAGCUCUCAGUCUUAUAUCCAAAACGGGCUUCCUGACCAGCCCGGAUGUAAAUGAAUUACUAUCCAUCUUCCGGCUCUUCCCAGCAGAUCCCGAGGCGGUCCCAGCAGAUCCAGUUGGGAUACAUAGUCUCUCCAACAUGUACCCGGUCAAACAGGCCCUGAACGCGUCCCCCAGGGAGGCGUCCGUUCGAUGGGGGCAUCCUGAGCCAGUUUGUUGGGGAGACAUCCAAGAAUGGCUUCCUCCCGGCAAUGUUUGUCAAUGUAACACCUGGGGAAAAAAAACUGUUAACAUGCUAACAUGCUAACACCUAACACGAAACCACUGUGUACGCAGGUUUAUACUUUUGAAAAUAGCAAAUAAAUCUAAUAUGGUCAUUUUAGCAUGCUAGUAAUGUCAACAUGCUAACUGUUAGCAUGCUAGUUCCGGAAAUAAAUUUAUUCAUUCAUUCAUUUUCUACCGCUUAUCCUCAUGAGGGUCGCGGGGGAUGCUGGAGCCUAUCCCAGCUGUCUACGGGCGAGAGGCGGGGUACACCCUGGACUGGUCGCCAGCCAAUCACAGGGCACUGGAAAUUAAAUGCUUGAUUAAAAUUCAAUUAGCAUGCUAAUUGGACUCGGUAUACAAAGUGAUAAACAUUUGUCGCCAUUUGAGGCUAAUGCAGGAUGUGUUCAGAUACUCGACUUAAAACUCGAAAAGCUAUAAAACGUAGUACCUAAAACUAGUCAAGUCAUGUGACCAGACAUAAAUUCAAUUAGCAUGCUAAUUGGACUCAUACAAAGUGAUAGGCCAAUGCAGGAUGUGUUCAGAUACUCGACUUAAAACUCGAAAAGCUAUAAAACGUAAUACCUGAAGCUAGUCAAGUCAUGUGACCAGACAUAAAUGCUUGAUUAAAAUUCAAUUAGCAUGCUAAUUGGACUCUGCAUACAAAGUGAUAAACAUUUGUCGCCAUUUGAGGCUAAUGCAGGAUGUGUUCAGAUACUCGACUUAAAAAACUCAAAAAGCUAUAAAACGUAAUACCUGAAGCUAGUCAAGUCAUGUGACCAGACAUAAAUGCUUGAUUAAAAUUCAAUUAAUUAGCAUGCUAAUUGGACUCCGUAUACAAAGUGAUAGGCCAAUGCAGGAUGUGUUCAGGUACUCGACUUAAAACUCGAAAAGCUAUAAAACGUAAUACCUGAAACUAGUCAAGUCAUGUGACCAGACAUAAAUGCUUAAUUAAAAUUCUAUUAGCAUGCUAAUUGGACUUUGGCGCUGAGAGGCAGGAUGUGUUCAGAUACUCGACUUAAAAAACUCGAAAAGCUAUAAAACGUAAUACCUGAAGCUUAGUCAAGUCAUGUGACCAGACAUAAAUGCUUGAUUAAAAUUAAAUUAAUUAGCAUGCUAAUUGGACUCCGUAUACAAAGUGAUAAACAUUUGUCGCCAUUUGAGGCCAAUGCAGGAUGUGUUCAGAUACUCGACUUAAAAAACUCAAAAAGCUAUAAAACGUAAUACCUGAAACUAGUCAAGUCAUGUGACCAGACAUAAAUGCUUGAUUAAAAUUCAAUUAAUUAGCAUGCUAAUUGGACUCUGUAUACAAAGUAAUAAACAUUUGUCGCUGAGAGGCAGGAUGUGUUCAGAUACUCGACUUAAAAAACUUGAAAAGCUAUAAAACGUAAUACCUGAAGCUAGUCAAGUCAUGUGACCAGACAUAAAUUCUUGAUUAAAAUUCAAUUAUAUUAGCAUGCUAAUUGGACUCUGUAAACAAAGUGAUAAAUAUUUGUCGCCAUUUGAGGCCAAUGCAGGAUGUGUUCAGAUACUCGACUUCAAACUCGAAAAGCUAUAAAACGUAGUACCUAAAACUAGUCAAGUCAUGUGACCAGACGUAAAUGCUUGAUUAAAAUUCAAUUAGCAUGCUAAUUGGACUCUGCAUACAAAGUGAUAAACAUUUGUCGCUAUUUGAGGCUAAUGCAGGAUGUGUUCAGAUACUCGAAUUAAAACUCGAAAAACUAAAAAACGUAAUACCUGAAACAAGUCAAGUCAUGUGACCAGACAUAAAUGCUUGAUUAAAAUUCAAUUAAUUAGCAUGCUAAUUGGACUCUGCAUACAAAGUGAUAGACCAAUGCAGGAUGUGUUCAGAUACUCGACUUAAAAAACUCGAAAAGCUAUAAAAUGUAAUACCUGAAGAUAGUCAAGUCAUGUGACCAGACAUAAAUGCUUGAUUAAAAUUCAAUUAAUUAGCAUGCUAAUUGGACUCCGCAUACAAAGUGAUAGGCCAAUGCAGGAUGUGUUCAGAUACUCGACUUAAAAAACUCGAAAAGCUAAAAAACGUAAUACCUGAAGCUAGUCAAGUCAUGUGACCAGACAUAAAUGCUUGAUUAAAAUUAAAUUAGCAUGCUAAUUGAACUCCGCAUACAAAGUAAUAAACAUUUGUCGCUGAGAGGCAGGAUGUGUUCAGAUACUCGAAUUAAAACUCGAAAAACUAAAAAACGUAAUACCUGAAGCUAGUCAAGUCAUGUGACCAGACAUAAAUGCUUGAUUAAAAUUCUAUUAGCAUGCUAAUUGGACUCUGUAUACAAAGUGAUCAACAUUUAUCGCCAUUUGAGGCUAAUGCAGGAUGUGUUCAGAUACUCGACUUAAAACUCGAAAAGCUAUAAAACGUAACACCUGAAACUCGUCAAGUCAUGUGACCAGACAUAAAUGCUUAAUUAAAAUUCUAUUAGCAUGCUAAUUGGACUCCGCAUACAAAAUGACCAGUCAUUUUCCCACCACUACUCGCUCACCAUUUGGGCCGCGUUCAGUUGAUCAGCACCCGUGUACUCGCACACUUGAGCACACUUAUGCACUCAAAAUGCGACGAGUAAGUACGCAAAGUACACGAGUUGAGACACAGCCCUGGGAUUGACAGCCUCUUUUGCCAAAUCAUUUUUACGACAGUGAUAUUGCCAAAUGUAUUCCUGGGAUGUACUUUUUUCUUUUUUGUAUAUGUUGACUGCUUUAUUUAAACACGACAAGCUAUGUUUAUUAUCUCCUUUUCCCCCCGCACUCGUCCCCCCCCGUGUAGACUGUUACCCACCACAGGAAAGACGUCGGCUUGACUCUCCACGGCUUUCCCCGUCAACAUUCUGGCACCGCAAUAACCUUCUCUUUUUCUCCCAGCGUCGAGUUUUUACUACCACGAUAAUAUCAUCAUAUCGAAGGAAUUAAUGCAAAACGUGGAACCCCCCCACCCCCGACCGUGCAUCCUCCAUACGGUCGCCGGAUGUGUUUCUUCUGGUACUCAAGGUGCUCUCAGAUAUGAUGGACAGGUCAGGUGUUUGCUACCCUUUAAUCUGGUUCGCCUCGUUCGUUGGACGGUGUGGAUAAAUAGAGCCGGUGUCAAUUCCAUACGCAAUCUUCCAUAUAUUUCCGCGGGUUAACAGUUGGAUCACGAAUUGCAUUAUUUAUUUAUUACCAUGAAUGCUUUUACUUCUAUUGCUGUAUUUGAUGGUAUUGUUAUUAUUCUCAUUGCUCUUGCAGCAUUUUUUUUUCCAGUUCUGGAAUUUUUUUUUAAUUUUUGUAAACGUUCCCGGUAUAAGAAUUGUAUAUGUCGGAGAAGUAUUUCACAUUCUGCCAUGACAUUUUUUUUUUUUUUUUUUUACUGAUGUUCCAAAGUGGUGAGACAUUCUGGAGAAUGACCUUUUUGUCGCCAAUGAGCCUGGAGUCAAGAAGCGGGAGUUGUUACUUUUUUUUUUUUUUUUUUUUGCCAGUUUUUCGAGACUGACACAACGCACAGAUAAUAUCCCGCUUCUGUCUUUCACACACACACACACACAUAAACACACACACACACUUUGGUUCAGUAGUUUAGCUUGCAGCCAGUCUUAAGCACUGUAUGUGUACAGCACCAUGCUCUGUGUGUAAUUAUUUAUGCAAUGUCUAACACAAAUAAUGGAUUCCGAUAUGUAGAGAAUAACUAUAUUAAAAAAAAAGAAAAAAAGAAACAUAUCUCUAUAUUUAAAAUAUCAGUAUUGAUAUACUAUAGUACGGGAAAUAGUUCAGUUUAUGAAAUUUAUUUAUUUUAAUUAUGGGCUAAAUUGCAAAUUGGUCUAUAAUAUGAGAGAGGGAUAUUUCCAAAUAUGUAUUGUCCAUGUUUACCUGGUUUGCUUCCUUCCUUCCUUUCCUGUCCCCUAAUGAGAAUGUAUGUGAUCCCUACCCUUAUUCAACUUGCCUGUGAUGGAAUAAAUUACAAACCAUGAAAAUUAUGCUGUUUAUGUCGCUUGUAUUUUUUUCCCCACAUUUGGCCAAAUAUUGAUAAAUACUUCAUUCAUCAUUUAAGAGAAAUUCAGAAAUUUGACGCCGGACUGAAGCGAUGUAAUUAGCAUGCUAACUGUUAGCAUGUUGACGUCGAGCAUGGUGGAUAAAAGUGUCAAUGUAACACCUGGAAAAAAAUUCU